AUGACCAACACUGAACGUAAGCGCCGUAAUCUUACUGAUGCAGCAGAUUGCCAGAGAUGCGGAGUCGAGGAGGAAUCAUUGGAUCACAUUUUCAGAAGAUGUGAGAUAGCGACAGAUUGUUGGGCUGCGUCUUCCCCGCCGACGGACUUCGCUUCAAGCUUUCACCUCCCGUUGUCUACCUGGAUGGAAAAGGCAUGCAUCAACAACCAGACAUGCGGAUUGGGGCUUAGCUGGCGGAUUAUCUUUCCCUAUAUCCUGUGGAACAUAUGGAAAAAUAGGAACGACCUCGUCUUUAAGAAUACGCUCCUCCCAGCAACCAUGAUUGUGAAAAAGCAACGUCUGAAGCGGUGGAAGCUCAACGUCUACUCCUCAAACGGACUGCUUCCUGGCAGAACUUUGGGGCUUCCUGACGGAUUGAUCAUUGCCAAAACUCGGGGGUUCACUCAUAUCAUUGCGGAGACAGACUCCGAAGCCUUAGUUCAGGCUCUCGACAACGGCCCAAGGGGAGAUCCCAGCGGUUCCACGCUUAUCUUAGAUUGUUAUUCACUCAUGAACCAGUUCCAAGAGAUAAAAACUACGCAUGUCUCACGUGAAGGUAAUCAGUGCGCCGAUUUCCUAGCAAACAUGGGGCAAAAUGCGGCUUGGGGCACGACGGUUCUCGAUCACCCGCCGGAUGGUUUAAGUGGUUUGCUGAAUCGCGAUGCUAUGGGAUCGUCGACAUGUAGGCGACGUUAA